GUCAGUGGACAGGAGAGGGUCUCUACAGCAAGGUACUGUAAGAUGUAGGCCUCUGUGAAAUGUUUGGCAGACUCCAGCUAUGUAGCCUCAUUUUUAUACAUUUGAUGAGAAAUGCUUGUAUUGAAAUAUGGAGAAUGGUGUGAUUAACUAAUUUAUAAUAAGGAUAAAUGAUGCUGUUUGUUCUCAAACACCCUCUGAUCAAGUGGUGUUAAAAUUAGUUGUUGAUCAUCAAGUAGAUCAUCAAGUAAGUAAUGGGAAUAUAUUACGCAUGUACCAAGAAUAGACACACACGCCAGCAGCCACCUUUGUGUGAAAAUCUGCUCCUGUCCCCGGAGCAGUGGAGGAGAUGAGGAUUGAAAACUCACCCAUACAAAGAGAAGACAUAGCUAAGAUCAAGGCGGACAGUCAUAAUGUUCAGGUCCUCAUGCAGGAGCUCGAGUCCCUUUUCCCUCACGGAUCUCGACAUGUGGGACAACAGAUCUCACUUUACAGCCCAGACCUCCACAUGGUGUGGAAUGGCAGCUGUCUCCGGGACUGGGUGUCUGUCCAAAGUCAGCACAAGCACAUGUGGGAGCACUGGUGGCUUCAGACAGAACGACCCAGGUCUAAGGAAGUGGCAGUCAUUGUCCCAUCUGGAGGCCGCACCACGACCCUUUCCUCCGUCUCCAGGAGCUGAAAUGAGGGCUGCCAGAGGCGAAUGCAGCUUAAGACAGGCAGAAGCAGGGCGAUGGAUGCAGGAUGUCCAUGAGCGUCUGGACACCCAGCUGAGGAACAGAAAAUCACAGCUAAGCUACAACAAAACUACCACACAACUCCUUGACAUGAAACACAAGCAGCUCUCAGAAGCAAUGACCGCUUUCAACCUGGAGAAGGAGGCAGCUGAAUUUUCCCAAAGAGGAGAGCUUCAUGAAAAGGUCCUACAGCUGGAGAAGGAGCUGUUUCAAAUGAGGUCUAGUUUGGGCAGAGGGAACGCCGAUCAUCCAAAUCCUGUCUCGCUAAGUAAGACUUUACCAUCGAGUGAAGAAGACUUGAGCAGACAGGAGAGUCACAAGGUUGACACAGAGCUGCACACGCUGAGGGAGGCUCUGAGAGAAGCGGAGGCGAGAGCGAAGACACAAGAAGAAGAAAGAAACCAGGCCCUUCAGAAACUCCAGACUUCCACAGAGACGCAGAGGACGCUGCUGAAUCAAAUAGAGGAGAUGAGGCUCAGCCACACGAGACAGAAUCACGCCGAAAUUCAGGAACAGCUGAGUGAAGCUAACAAUAAGAUCAGCCAAGCGUGCCUGGAAAAAGCUAUCUUGACAACUCAAGUGAUAAAGCUGGAGGAUAAUAUAAAAGACCUGAAGAGCAAAUUGGAAAAAGCAGGUCUCCAGCAGAGGAACCAGGUCCUGGAGCUGCAGCUGAAAAGAUCCCAACAGGGUUCAGAUGGAUGUGAGGACACUGAGUCGAAAAACAACAAACAGGAUCAGAAAACAGUUGUGAUGAGGGAAGAAUCAAAGGCACUCAAAGAGGUGAAUGAAAAGCUGAUCCAUGAGCUUGACAUGACCAAGCAGAAACUGACAACAUCACAGUGUCAGCUGCAGGAGAUAACAGCAGAGAGAGACACGUUCUCCAGACAAACUGCAGAGAUGAAGGAAGAACACUCUCAGCAUAUCAAAGACAAAGACCAGUUGAUCAGUAAGCUGAACCAAGGUGGACAUGAGGAGCUAACUGAAAUGAAAGAAAAGUGUGGCCAGCUCAGAAAAUCUGUGGACGUUUUGGAAUCGGAGAAACUGAAAUUGCAGGAUCAGUGUCUGCGUUUGAAGGCGGAGGUCCAUGAGAAAGAGGAGAAGCUACACCUGCAGGAGGAAGAGUUUCAGAAACAAGAUGCAGCGAGAGUCCAGACCCUGCAGGAGCUGAAAGCUGUGGCCUCACAUUGGACUGAGAAAUGGCAGAAGGCUGCUUUGACACUGCAGGCCACACAGGGAGAGCUUGAGGAACUCAAAAAGAACAACUUCAGAAAUGGGAGGGAAUCGGAGUCAUUGCUGAGGCUUGAGCUUGGCGCGUGCAGACAAGAGCUGGAGUUGGAAAGAAGCAGGAAUCAGCUGCUGGCUCACGUACAUAAAGGUGAUAAAGCGGUGCGGGAUCAGGACACAGAGACAGUGACAGACUUAUCACAAUCCUCUUUGUUAUGUGAGCCACCAUCCGACUCCCAGACGAGCAAAAACAAAACCCCUCAGGUGCAUAUUAACCAGAGGAUGGCCAAAGCAGAGGAGGAUCUAAGGGAAAAGGAGGACGCUUUGAAGAGCGUCGAGGGGCUGAGAGAGACUGAACUAAACAAGGCUCAACUCAGGAUUUCUCCUCUGGAGCUAAAGGUUAAAGACGACCAAUCAUCUUAUGAAGGCAAUAAGGAUACAACUGUUGGUUCAGUUAAUCCAGAAACAGAACAGCAAAGGAGGAUGGUCACUGAGCAGUUAAAGAGUCUGUUUAAAGACCGAGAAGCUAGGGAGCUGCAAACAGGUGACAACAGUCCAGGAGCAGCUCUGACAGAGGCCUCAUCCCUACAGGACCAGUCCCACACUAAAGCCAUGCGGAAAACAGGGGGCAGGAGGAUCUGGGCACAGAGCUCAGGCUUGCUGCCUGUGUUUGAGGAGGAUGAGGAGAGCAGUGAAUGUUCAGGAGGGGAGGAGGCAAAGCCAACAGAAGUGGCUGCUGAGAUGUCUGAUCACACUGUGGAUGCAGGUAUCGUCACUCUGAAGGCAAAACAUGAGAAUCUUCUACGAGGUGAAGUUGUGUCCCUAAAAAGCAAGCAACCAGUCCAUACUCGUCCUCAGGCUGCAGAAAAUCUUUCAGACAGGACUCCAGAUGUGGAAGUGGCAGACAUACCGAACACUUCAGAUGAAAACAGUCUGAAAAAGAAGAGAUCAGAUCCCAUCUACCCUGAUGGAAUAUUCCAGGCUGAGCUUGUUGAUAUCUGUAGCCCUGAUGAAGACGAAGAGGAGGGAGUGGACAAAUGAGGUGUUACGUUAAAGAUGUCUGCACUGGGCAAUGCUUGCUUUGCUGGAACAUUGACCAUUACUGCAAGGGGUUCAUUAUAAAUGUUUGUGCCUUAAAGCUUAUACAGUAUGGAUUAACUCACAUGAAGUGAAAGGA